UUACCGCAAAACGACGUCGGUUAGAUCAUCUUUCUCGUCUUCGAAUCUCAACAGCUUCAGUCUCCGUUUUGUUUGUGUGUGUGGAUGAGAAGCCAAAAUUUUGCCGGCGUUGUUCAAGAGGCUUGAAGCUGUCUCUCCAGCUCCUCAUUUUGAUUCUUCUCGUCACACUUUUAAGAAUCUUCUCAGAGAGUUAGCAUGUUUUGGAGUUGUAUAGGAACACACUAAGAUGAAAAUGUUACUCCUUUCAGUGAUUUGAAUCUGAUUCUGGCUUAGUAAUUCGAGAAAAAUGGGGAACACUUCCUCCAUGCUGACUCAAUACGACAUCGAAGAGGUCCAGAGCCAUUGCCAGGAUCUAUUUGAGCAGCAGGAGAUACUCUCUCUGUAUCAAAGGUUUUGCCAGUUAGAUCGCAACGCAAAGGGGUUUAUAUCUUCUGAUGAGUUUCUCUCUGUCCCUGAGUUCGCCAUGAAUCCACUCUCUCUGAGGCUGCUUAAGAUGGUUGAUGGUUUGAACUUUAAGGAUUUUGUGGCCUUCUUGUCUGCUUUCAGUGCCAAGGCUAGUCUUAAACAAAAGGUUAAACACUUGCUUGUUUCAGUGAUCUUUCAAGUGUAUGAUUCGGACUGCAACGGGAAGGUCUCCUUUAAAGAUAUCAUGGAAGUGUUGCGUGACUUAUCGGGCUCAUUCAUGUCCGAUGAGCAAAGAGAGCAAGUACUGAGCCAGGUUCUGAACGAAGCAGGCUACACGAAUGAAUCUUUCCUAACACUAGAGGAUUUCAUAAAGGUCUUUGGGAGUUGUAAACCGGAGAUGGACGUUGAAAUUCCUGUGGAUUAAGUUUAUGAGAUCAUAUAUGGUCAAACUCUUAACUCCACAUCUCAUCAUGUAUUCGUCCUCUUUGUUAGUAUUUGAUCACAUCUUAAGCAUUGUUUUCAAUUGAUUUAGAUUGAGAACUGUUCUACUACAAGCACAAUUGUUAAUGGCAUCGAAAAUAAAGUUUUAUUCUGUGCUAUAGUUA